GACCACGAUGAGAUGGUACGGGACUUUGUUACCAUGAGUGGCGCCUCGGUAGAAUUGGCCACCCAGUAUCUUGAAUCCAACGACUGGGACAUGCUGUCUGCCUGCAACUCCUUCUUCCACGACGAGGACGAGAGAAACGACGAACGACGCCGGCAACAGGCUGCAGACGGAACGCUGGAGCAGUACAGCGGCCCCAGAACUUUGGAUGGCCGCCCUGCUCCCCAGGAAGACUUCUCUAGCCUGGCAUCCCGAAAAGCGAACCAGCAGAAGAAGAAGGGCAUUGCGACGCUUGGAUCCAUAGGCAGUAGCUCCGCUGCCCAUCAUGACGACGACGACGACGAUGAAGACGAUGAGGAGGACGAAGACGAUGGACGAGGCAACUUGUUUGCUGGCGGCGAAAAGUCUGGACUUGCUGUCCAAGAUCCACGGCAGGAAGGUGGUUCUAGGAAGAUUAUCAGUGACAUUCUUGCCAAGGCCAAAGCGAACUCACGGCAGACAGAUGCCAACCAGGACGCCGGUCCUUCCCGCCCAUCUCAUUUCCGUGGCACGGGCGUGACUCUUGGUGGAGAUGGCGUGGAGAGUCGAAGCAUCCCAGACCCCCACGGUCACGAGCGACCUGCCGGCCCCCCAGUUGAGCGAGUGCUUCACAUCUGGCAGGAUGGAUUCAGCAUCGAUGAUGGCGAACUUCGCCGCUUCGACGACCCUUCAAACGAGGCGGACCUCGCGCUGAUACGAUCAGGCCGGGCUCCCCUGCACCUGAUGAAUGUGCAGCAUGACCAGUCGGUAGAUGUCAAGCUUCAUCAACACGAUACCCCAUAUAAGCAGCCGCCAAAGAAGUACAAGCCUUUUGCUGGCUCUGGCAAUCGCCUUGGCAGCCCGGUUCCCGGUGCUACAUCCACGACCUCGGCGACCGCAUCUUCCGCAGCAGCUUCUUCAACCUCUUCUGCUCCCGCACCGACCAUCGACAAUUCACAACCUACAUUGAUGCUUAGAAUCCAGAUGCCCGAUGGGUCCCGACUUCCUGCUCGUUUUAACACCACGCACACUGUUGGAGACGUCUACGGCUUUGUUCAGGGCGCAUCCGUGGAGACUCGCAGCCGGCCUUGGGUGCUGGUGACGACAUUCCCCAACAAGGAGCACACUGAUCAUUCUUUGGUUCUAGGUGAGAUGCCCGAGUUCAAAAAGGGCGGAACUGCUGUGGUCAAGUGGGCAUAG